AGGGGAGUGCUUGUCAAGGGUUAAGGACUUCCUCUCUCCUCGGUGCACUUCCCGUCCCCGUGACCGUGAUCCUCGGGUGGUGGUGCUGAGGCCCGGGGGUGGAUGUGACGGGUAGAGGACGUGUACCCCGGUGUUCAUCUUAUAGGCUUGCUUGAAACGGAUAGCACAAUGAAGGAGAACCAGCAGGAUCCAGAGCCCCUAUUUGACGAGGCAGAUUACCUGCUACUUCGCAAUGAUUCCCUUCUGAACCGCAUGGGCUCCAACAACUUUGCUUCCAUCAUUGAGGGUCCCGCCGUGCCAGCACCUGAAAACGAUGUCUCUCUGCAACAGCUCCAGCAUCAGCCAUUCCAGCUGCCUCAACAGCAGCAAAUGCCAGAGGUUCCGUUCCUCCAAGACACAGGCAUCAGCGACCCUCUGUUUAUUGGCAGUGACUUACUGACAUUUUCUCCGAGUGAACUACAUCUGGAUCCAACUGAGAGCUGGAACCAAGUGGAAAUGCUCCAAUGUGAGAAUGAGAAUGACAACCUGAGCUCACUUCUGGCUCCUGAGGCUCCAGUGGCUAGAGUUGAUGGGAACAGCAGCACAUCCCGCCUUCCUGAUAGUACACCAACCCAGAAAGUGCCCUCUCUCCAAGCCUGGCCUGGGCAGUAUGGCUUUGAGAUCUCUCUCCCUGUUGAGAACAAGGAUAGAAAUAAGUGGUGCUUCAGCACAGAAAAAAAUAAACUGUACCUGUGCCCUUAUGUUGCUGUUCCAGUAAAUGUAAAGUUGCUGCAGUUCAUAGAUGCCUCCAUCACCAUCACGCCAGUCUUCAAGGACAGUCGUCACCGUGUACAUCCUGUGGUGACGUGCUACAACUGCAAAAGCAAAAUGGAGAGUGAUAACAAGGAUCACAUGGUCAUGGUGGAGGGAGUGGAAGGUGACUAUAAGAUGGUCAAUGAGCGCUUUGUGGUGUCUGUGCCCCUCCACCCUCCACCCCCUGGUGAGGCGGCCUCCACCCUGUUGGUGAGAAUGAAUUGCCUCACAUCCUGUGUUGGGGGACCUAACAGGAGACCAUUCUGCCUUGUGUUCACCCUACAUGACAAUGCAGGGAUAGUCAUUGGGCGCCAGAUUCUAGAUUUGAAGUGUUGCAAGUGUCCAUCUCGUGACCUGUUACAUGAAGAAAAGACUGCACUGAGAGGUCAAGAGUGUGCUCUUCCGAGUCACCUCCCUGGGGACCGUGUGCAAGCUCCAAAGAGAAAGGCACCAACAACUACCACUGAGAAGAAGCGUGUCAUCGUCAAGCUGGAGCCGGAGCCGGCAACGGAGCGGCGCAUCGAACAUGUUACGGUCCCUGAUGAGUUUUGGUCCGAGGUGAAGAUGUAUGUUAAGACCCUCGUCCUUGCAGAUUGUGCGCGUCAAAACAAGUCUGACAAAUCUGACAUUUUGCUGUUGUUAGAUGAAAAUUAGAAAAUAAUCGUUGAAGAUGUGUUGAUCAGCAAAAAGUACCUGCAGCACUGCCAGACCAUAGAAUUACAAAGGUGCAAGUUUUCUUGAUGUCUCAAAGUCUGGGUUAGCUAGUUCUCACUUACGAAUUUCACCUUUAUUAGAGAUAGGAGUAUAUGCAUUAUUUGUUCACUGAAAGCAAUGGUUAUUUCCUUUAAAAUGUUUUGGCACUUUUAAUGGGUUCCUGACAUUCUGGUAAAAGCAACAGAACAUUUGGUAAUUUUAUUGAGGAGAAAUGAGCACUUUCCCUUUACUGCACUCCUGCAGUGUGAAAUGAUUUUUUGUAAAAAAAAAAGAAAAAAAAAGAAGAAUCUUUGUUAGUCUACUUGAAUAGUAAAUGAGCCAGUCAUUGUGUCUGAAAACAUUUUCACAAGGAAUAUGCCAGGAAAACAUAUGAAGUAAAAGUAUGAAAGAGUUAUUCUAAGCCUACCAGGACUUUCCUGUAUUUUUAGUUUACUGCAUUUAAUUUUCCCAGAUAAUGCAGAGGACAGUUAUUUGGGACUGAUAUAACUAAGCAUGCCUAACUCAAUCUCUUAAGUAGUAUUAGUUGGGGUGUAUCCUUGGUAAUUUUCCAUUAUGUGCAUUUGAUUUCCUGGAGUAUUGCAUAUUACAAUGAAUAAUUCAUAGUAAUAUAAAAUAUUAUUGUAGUUUUUAGAAUACUAUACAUGAAUUAUAAUAAUACUUUUCUCUGAACAAUUUGGUUAUUUUAAGAAUUUUUUGUAUCCAUUCAUUGUUAGAAAUUUUUGAGCAAUUUCAUCUCUUUUCAUACAUCUAUGAAUAUUUUCCAUAUUUGAGAAAGGCUGUUUUAUGAUAGGUUGCAAUUUUUGUACCAUAAAGGGGUGUGUUGUUAACAACUUAUUAAUUAUAAUUUUCUAGUACCUUUUGAUGAGUUCAAAUUGUCAUUAUUUUAAGAAUUUUGUUCUCCAUUGAGGGAUAGAAUUUGCAAGGCAAAUUUCAUCUCUUCCUUCAAUUACUGAUUUUUUUCUUAUAUUCAUUUUAUCAUGAUCAUAAGUUACUUAAAUUCUGUAACUUAUUUCUGUUUCCUGUAAUUUUGUUUUAUUUAUCAUUGUUGGUGAUCAUUUAAAAAAAUUUCCAUUCAAUCCUCAAUCCAUUUUCAUGAAAUCAAUUUUAUAGUUAUGUAGUAGUUGCACUAUUCCAUAUAAAAUACAUUCUGCAAACCUGCUGAAAUGUUUGAAGUAAUUAUUUUUGUAUUUUAAAAUACACUUGAGAAAAUAAGAAAAAUUAUGCAGGUAAGAA